GUAACGUUAGCAACCACGCUGAGAGACUGGGAAGGGGGGAAGCGUUAUCGUUACAGUGAAGGAUUGCCCUCUGAGAAAAUGUCUCGAAAUACAGACCAAAUGUUUAUCUGAGACGUCAACAAGAGCCGAGUUUACUUGAGAAGCGGCGUGUCUUUAUAUCGAGCCGACUGGACAGUGAGGGAUGCCGCCAGCGUCCAGCUGUGACUGCCCCCACCUGGACUGUGUGGGGGAAGUCACAAAGGAGGAACUUAUCCAGAAAUCACAUGGCCAAUGUCAAGACUGUAAAGUCAGGGGACCAAACCUGUGGGCUUGUUUGGAGAACGGCUGUGCAUAUGUAGGCUGUGGAGAAUCCCAUGCUGACCACAGCACAGUCCAUUCCCAGGAGACGAGGCACAACCUGACGGUGAAUCUUACGACGCUUCGGGUUUGGUGCUACGCUUGCGGCAAAGAGGUUUUCCUGGAGCGUAAAUUAGGUCCUCACUCUCCAAACGCCAUCGUCGAACCUCUUCCCUUAUCGCAGAAUGACGUUCAGGAUAACAGUAAGGCCCCUGGGAGCCCAACUUCUCUGAAGCUGCCCUCUAAUGUUGGUUAUGAAGACUUGGACAUGGAGACAGAAGAGGAGGACGACCUGCGGGCCAGAGGUCUGACGGGGCUGAAGAACAUUGGCAACACUUGCUACAUGAACGCUGCCCUCCAAGCCCUUUCCAACUGCCCCCCUUUGACACAGUUUUUUCUUGAAUGUGGUGGUUUGGUAAAAACGGACAAGAAGCCUGCUCUCUGCAAAAGCUACCAGAAGCUGGUGUCAGACCUGUGGCACAAGAACAGACCCUCCUACGUCGUUCCCACCAACUUGUUCCAGGGGAUCAAAGCCAUAAACCCGAUGUUUAGAGGGUAUUCUCAGCAGGAUUCCCAGGAAUUUCUGCGCUGCUUGAUGGAUCAACUUCACGAGGAGCUGAAAGAGUCUGUGCCGGAGCCCUCCGACCUUUCCACCAGCAUCGCCAUGGACGACAGCCCCGAGGAGGACAACCACAGCCAGUCGGACAACGACUUCCAGUCCUGCGAGUCCUGCGGCAGCAGCGUGCGGGCCGACAAUGAGGUGCAGGGCGGCAGCGUCGUCAUGGACAACACCAACGAGGCAGAGAUGCUGAUUCCUGAGCAGGAUGAGAUCCAGGCCAACAGGGAGUGGCAGAAGGAGAAGAACAUGAUUAAUGAUCUGUAUCGCUCCGGGGUUAACGGCGUUAUGGGGGGAAACAACGGAGACAUCGACAAAGACGUUGACACCACCACAGACACCAUGCCCAUUAUCAGCAGCCAAGGAGCCCUCAAGGUUCAGGGCAGAACAUCAGAUUGCUUUUCGGAUAUCCAAAUGUCCAACAUCACACGACCACAAAGUCCAGUCACUAUAGAAGGACAUAUUCCCAAAAUAUCCAGCAGUCCUCUCAAAGCUACCUCCGGUUGGCUGAGCUUAAACCCUGCACACAAGAAAGCGGUCGCCACGUUCUCCCCGCCGAAGAACAAGCGACAGAGGAGAUACCGCAGCGUCAUCUCAGACGUCUUCGAUGGGACCAUUGUCAGUUCAGUUCAGUGCCUCACCUGUGAUCGGGUAUCUGUGACCCUGGAGAACUUCCAGGAUAUCUCGUUGCCCAUCCCGGGGAAGGAGGACCUGGCCAAGCUCCACUCGGCGUCCCACCAGACCUCCCUGGUGAAAGCCGGCUCCUGCGGGGAAGCUUACGCAGCUCAGGGCUGGAUAGCAUUUGUCAUGGAGUAUAUCAGAAGCUGGUUCUGGGGUCCAGUGGUUACACUACAAGACUGCCUUGCUGCUUUCUUUGCCAGAGACGAACUAAAAGGAGACAACAUGUACAGCUGUGAAAAAUGCAAAAAGUUAAGAAACGGAGUGAAAUUCUGUAAAAUGCAGAAUUUACCAGAGAUCCUGUGUAUUCACCUGAAGCGCUUUAGACACGAGCUGAUGUACUCCACCAAGAUAGGCACACACGUCUCAUUCCCGCUCGAAGGCUUGGACCUGCAGCCGUUCCUGGCCAAAGACAGCUCGGCCCAGACCACCAACUACGACCUGCUGUCCGUCAUCUGCCACCACGGCACUGCCAGCAGUGGCCACUACAUAGCGUACUGCAGGAACAGCGUGAAUAAUCUGUGGUAUGAAUUUGACGACCAAAGUGUGACCGAGGUGCCCGACUCGUGCGUCCAGAAUGCAGAGGCUUAUGUUCUGUUUUAUAAAAAGAGCAGCGAGGACGCGCUGAAAGAACGUAGGAGGGUGACGGGGUUGUUGAGCAUGAUGGAGCCCAGCCUGCUGCAGUUCUACAUCUCCAGGCAGUGGCUCAACAAAUUCAGGACCUUUGCAGAGCCGGGCCCCAUUUCCAAUGAUGACUUCCUUUGUGUUCAUGGAGGCGUGCCACCCAGCAAAGCGUCGUACAUCGACGACCUGGUGAUGAUGCUGCCCCAGAACGUGUGGGACCACCUUUACAGCAGGUACGGAGGGGGCCCUGCUGUCAACCACCUGUACGUUUGCCACACGUGCCAGAUCGAGAUAGAAAAACUGGAAAAGCGGCGCAAAUCGGAGCUGGACCUGUUUGUCCGGCUCAACAAGGCGUUCCAGGAGGAGGAGUCUCCGGUGGUCAUAUACUGCAUCAGCAUGCAGUGGUUUCGUGAGUGGGAGGGCUUUGUCAAAGGAAAAGACAAUGAUCCUCCAGGACCGAUUGAUAAUUCCAAAAUAUCCGUUAACAAGAACGGACAUUUUAUCCUCAAACAAGGAGCCGACUCCGGGCAGAUCUCUGAAGAGACGUGGAACUUUCUCCACUCCAUUUACGGUGGGGGACCUCUGGUGACGGUCCGACCAAGCGUCAGCCACCAAGAAGUCGAAUCCUCGCAGUCAGAAGAGAAAAUCGAGGUGGAGACGCGCUCAGUUUAAUACAGCACUUGAGACAAGACAAAGAAACAUUCAUGGAUACAAUAAUAAAAAGAAGCUUUUUAUUUUGCACUUUUAUUUCUGACGCAUCCAAUCAAAGGACCUCAUCUUUACUGCUAUGUGACAGCCUUUCGACGGAGGGAUUUUACAUGUCUUAAAAGGCUUGCCAUGUUGUAAAAAUAUGUAUGAAGCGCUCUUAAAUUUCUAUUAGCACUGUAUAUUUCACAUGUUGGGAUAUUUUGUUUUUUUUGUUUGUUUUUCAGGAGCAAGCAUUUAAAUUUACUGUAUGUGCAGCUACAAAUUCCUCUGAAUGCCAUAUUUCUUUUCUGUUUGUCUUGACCAAAUGAGCACAUAAUGUAUGUCCAUGUGUUGCUAAUAAUAUCGAUGAAUCACAUUAUACUUUGCUGUAAAUAUAUCACACAUUAUUCCUCUUGUAAGAAUGGUAAGGAAAGGAGAAAAUGUGACGAUAUCAAAAGGUUAUGAAGGGACUAAUUUGCCGAGUAGUCUCAGGAAUGAUUUUUGUGUUUUGCACUGUUCUGUAGACACAAAUUUGGCAUGCACUAUGCCAUGUCUAGUUUGUAUUUGAAUGUAUCAGUACUGAUAGUUUGUUGGUCAGAAUUGAGCACUUGAUUAUUUAUCACUAAAAAGAGUGAUUCAAUAUGAUGUCAAUCGUUUGUUUUUUUGUAGAAAAUAUUUGGCAGGCAGACUGUAAUGCAUGCUUAUCUCUCAAGCACAGGUUAACUUAACAGUCACAUUAAACUGUAUGUAGAUGCAACUCUUCUUGUAUAACGAGGUCCGUCUUCACAGAAUUGUACAGCUAUCAGAAGCAUCUUGUAGUAUGAAAUGAAAAUCAACAAUCUAAUUAAAGGCAUUAUUUUUGUGUAUGGGCAUGGUGUAGCUUCAAGUGCUGCCUGAUAGAUCACCUAAAUGCUGUAUUCCAAGUUUAUGCAUUUGACUAAGAUCUACCCUGAUGUUUUAUUUUGCUGGCUGACACUAUUAAAACUUGAUGCAAACAUGCUGAA